AUGGCAACGAAUCCAACCGUCAACCUCGGCGACAUGGACGAACUCAAGCGCGUCUUCACCCGCUUCGACACCAACGGCGACGGCAAGAUCUCCGUCACCGAGCUCGACAGCAUCCUCCGCUCUCUCGGAUCCACCGUCCCCGCCGACGAGCUCCAGCGCGUCAUGGAAGAUCUCGACACCGACCGCGACGGUUUCAUCAACCUCACCGAGUUCGCCGCCUUCUGCCGAUCCGGCUCAGCCGACUGCGACGCGUCCGAGCUUCGCGAGGCCUUCGAUCUGUACGAUAAGGACAAGAACGGCCUCAUCUCGGCGACGGAGCUUUGCCAGGUGUUGAACACUCUCGGAAUGAAGUGCUCCGUUGAUGAAUGCCACACUAUGAUCAAAUCCGUUGAUUCUGACGGUGACGGUAACGUUAACUAUGAGGAAUUCAAGAAGAUGAUGAGCAAUAACCGUCCUAGUGGAAAUUGA